CUCGGUGAUCUUGGAGGUCUUUUCCAACCUUAAUGAUUCUCUGAUAAUCUGAAGUUGACUUCAAAGCCCAAGCUUUAAAAGCAGCCUCAAUCCAUGUGAGGGUGAAGCUUUGUUCAAAUUAAGACUGAACGUUUUCUGAGCUUGGUUUUUUCCAACUUAGACUGAGAUGCAGCAAAAAAUAAAGCUGUAAGAUCUGGGAGUGUUACAUUAUUUAAUUUUUUUUUCUUGUCAGCAUUUGAAAUUCCAACUCCCAGUUAGGAAAUUUGUUGAAGAAGUUGUAUGAAUCAUCCAUACCAUCAAUUUAGGACCAAGCACAUGGGAAGGGAGCAGAAAAUUAGUCACUUUGUUAAUCUGCUUCCAAUAAAAGUUAUUUAGAAAUCCAUAGUGGGGGUAGGGGGAAAUAAAUAAAAAUGAGAGCAGCUUUUGGGAGCGCUAUCACGCAUCUCUGUGCUGGCACCACGGCCACCCGCUCACAUCUUUGCGCUGUUUUGGGGCACUUCUCUGCACUUUGGUUUGUGAUCAAAGGGACCAAAAGAAAAGCUGUUCCUCACCUUCAAAUUUAGAGGGUGGGAAGCUGUCAGGUCAGGCUGGGCCACGGAAGCUUUUAUAGCAGCAAGGAUAAUGCUGCCAUGGAAGAGCAGAUAACGUUGGGUGAGUCCUACCCCUGGUGAAAACAAACCCUCUGCCUCUGGGUUCUUUCCAAGUCUGGAGAGAGCAUUCUGGAGGAGUGUGGAGGUCAAGGGGCUGGUCUGGGCUGCAGGACGCUGGGAUGCUCAUAAAUAGGGUUUGGAGAAGCAGGGAAGGAUGUGGAGCUAACAAAGAGCGAGUGUGUUCAGGAAGAGAUGAGGAGUUGCUGUCCCGGAUCCAAGGAUGAGCUUUGCAUUCUCCUUAGCUAUAACCUGCUCUCUGAAUUACCACUGUGGGAAAUCCAAAGGGUCGCUUUCCCACCACCUUGGUCAGUUUGAAGCCGAAACUACUCCACAAAAGGCAGAAGGCCACGUCACGCCGCUCCCUGCUUUUUAGUGCCAUGGGCCAAAUACUGGUAAAUGAUUGCUGGAGGCACUCAGCUGAGGCGGGGCCAGAGCUCGGUUUGCACCCAAACAGGUGCUUCUACCCCUGCGGCACCCCUGGGUGUCCCAAAACUGGAUCCAGCACUGUUUGUGACCCCUCGCCUCAGCAGCUGCUGGCAUUUUGGGUGAGGAAAGUCAUAGAAUCAUUGAGGUUGGAAAAGACCUGUAGGAUCAUCUAGGCCAGCCAUCAGCCCAUCAGCACCAUGCCCAACAAGUGAUCCUUUAGGAUCUGCAGUUCUUCAGCUGCUGGAAGAUGCAGGAGCUGCCUGUGCCCAUGAUAACAGGUGUCAGCACCAGGGACCCCGUCCUGCGAUGCCCCAGGGUGCCUGAGGCCCGGCAGCCACGGGGAUGGAGCUGAAGGUCUGGGUAGAUGGGAUCCAGAGGGUCGUCUGCGGCGUCUCGGAGCAAACCACCUGCCAGGAGGUGGUCAUCGCCCUGGCACGGGCCAUAGGUCAGACGGGCCGCUAUGUCUUGGUGCAGAAGCUCCGGGAGAAGGAGAGGCAGCUCCUUCCGCUCGAGUGCCCCUUGGAGUCACUGGCCAAGUGCGGGCAGUAUGCCAACGACGUGCAGUUCAUCCUGAGGCGGACAGGCCCCAGCGUGGCUGAGCGACCAUCCUCAGAGGGUGCUCCCCAGGCUCCUGAGAGGACGUUCAUCCGGGCCAGCCUGCCCAUCAAACCCCGGGCCCUGAGCACGGAUGCACCUCGGCCCCGGGAGCCGAGGAAAUCAAUGACCUUCAACUUGGGCCCCAUGGGCUCUGUCGACCCGUAUGCAAAGGGCCGCUGGAGGCAGCAUGCCUGGGAGGGGAUGGACUUGAAGGACAGUGGGGCUGGCCAGCUCUCCAAGGAGGAGCUGUUUAAGACAGUGCUGCGGCAGCAGGAGCAGCUGCACUCCUUGGAGGCCCAUGGGGACACACUGGAGACAGACCUGCGGCUCUGGGAGCAUGGCCGGGCCUCCAGCCAGGAGGAUGAGAUCCUCUACUUGGAGCACCUGGUGCGGAGAAAUGAUACGGAGCUGGGCGAGGAGGAGUUUUGGCAGAGUGAGCUGCGACUGGAGAAGGAGUGUGAGCGGGAGAGGCAAGAGCGGGUGAGGAGCCUGCGGGCCAGCCUGGAGGAGUACACACAGAGGAUCUAUGAGCUAAGCGCUCGCACUGAGGCCCUGCAGAAGGAGAUCCAGUGGGAGAUGGCCGAGAGGGCCAAGAGGGGCAAGGAGAUCCCUGUGCCGAGCCCCACAGACCUGGAGGACAUGGCUGUCAAAAUGAAAAGGGAUCUGGAGGCCAAGGUCAAGCAGGGAACACAGCUGGAAAGCAACCUGGCCAGCGUGGAGAAGGCCCUGGAGGAAGCUGAAAGGAGCCUGCAGGCCCAGAACCAAGAGCUGGAGGAGUUAAAUAAGGAGCUGAGGCAGUGUAAUUUGCAGCAGUUUAUUCAGCAGACGGGAGCCACGGUGACCGUUGGGCAGGCCAGGUCUGAGGAGGACGCCCAGCCGGAGCUGAGCCCACGGGAGCUGCCAGCCUGCCGGCGAAACGGAGGGUUUCCUCCCACCGGUGCCGACUCGCCACCCUGUGCCAGCACCCAGCAGCUCCUCGGCCAUCCCCGGACCCUGCCAGAGCCCCUGGUGCCCAGCCUGAACACUGAGGUCAUAUCAACCAGGCAGAGCAUCUGGAGGUAGAAGGGCCCAGCCAGUGGACAAUUGGUUGCCUUGUAAGUGUAGGUGUAUAAAUAAAACCAUAUUCCCUAUAUAUAUAUUACAUUUUUUACUGCUUUAUAACGCGAAUGGAUGUGGAUGGCCAGACAGAGUAUUUUUACAGACUGUAGGAUAAAACAACGGCCGACCAAACAAAACAACUCUAUUCCUCUGUGGAUGAAAUGAACUCUAUUUUUUUAAAGUGCUUUCUAUAUUUAACACAAAAUGGCAGUGCCCGUGUGCCAUGUGGCCUUCUGAGAAGACCUGCCACGUGUUCUGAGAGGUCCUCACUCCCUUGGCCAGCAGAGCAAAGCCUUGUUGGGAUGGCUGGUAACAUCUCCCGCUUUGGGCUGCACACAAGGCUCACUCAGGUGAAGGAGGCUUCAUGGGGAAAAUAGCAGGUUUUACAGCACCUUGCUGCAAGGAGAAGCUUGUGCUGGCAAGUGGGGAUACGAUGAUCUGUGCUAGUAGUGAGGAGAAGACUCACUUGUCUUGCUCACCCACAUCCAAUGCUCUCAAGUCACCCUGACAGCCAGCAAGUGGACCUCUGAGUGAUUGAGUGCCGGUGACUGCCAACACCCUGGCAUCCUCAUGCGCAAGUGCAGUGUGGAUCUUCCUGUCAGCAGUGCUGCCCUCCUUGGGUUUGGCCCCCGCCAGCUGCUCCUGAUGGGCUCUCCCAAAACCCCACAGUCCUGUGUCAAGGCAGCAGAGGAAUGCCCUGGAUACAACUGUCCUGCCCAUGUGUCCAUCCUUGCCAUACCCACAAGGGUGGUGUGCCUGCUUUGCGGUGGCUGUCUCAAGAGCACGGAGAUGCACCAGGACUAGCAGAUGAGUUGGAGGUUUUAAAAACAGCCAUGAGGCACACAAGCAGCUUUUUUAUGCAACUUUCUGGCCCCCUUUUUUAUGAUAAGACCUACGGUAGAACCUCUGUUCCCAUGGUGCUGAGGUGAGUAAGAAACAAGCAGCUGCUCCCUGGGGGGAACAACCUGGAGAGGACAACCAGGCUUCGAGGGAACACAACUGGAGACUGGUUUUUCUGAAGCCCACUUGGUUUUUAAAUUUGUUUUUAAAUCAACAACAUGCCAGCAGGAUGAGCCCUUCCCUGAGUGCCUGUGGCUGGAGCAUGCAGGGCAGAAACACUUUUGGUGACAUUUCACUGAAUGUUCUGUUUUGUUUGUCUGUUUUUUGGGAUUUGGUUGUGUGUUUUUUUACUUGAUGGCCAGUAGUUCCACUGUUUCUGUUCAUCUGUCACCACAGGUCAUGUUGUAUUUUAAUUGUGGCUGGGGAGGGGACAGUUUGUACAGGCAGUCCCGGAGCCCUGGCCUCUUUGUUUUCUACAUGUCUGCUCUGCUGUAUGCAAAAAAUGUGACUUGGAUGCUGUGUUCUCUGUAAAACACACUUUCCAUGUAUGAAUGUAUCCUGCAUACUAUGGCAUUGUCUGGUUUCAAUUUUAAAUAAAUCUUUUGGAAAGGAUUUGUGCAAA